AUGAAAAUAAAUUUAUUCAAUCCCAAGACUAAGCAUACUUACUUUAGUAGAUCUACUAGGGCAACUUCUAUGAUAUCACUCAAGAAAGUAGAUGAAUCUACUUUAGGAACUGUUGGGAACUGGGCAUAGACUACUUUACCUUAGGUAAAAAAGAAAGAAAAUAAAAUGCAAUCCAUUUAUCAAGAAGAUUAUAAUUUUCUAAGAGAUCAUGAUAAACUAUUUAAAAUAAAUGAUGAUGACAAUUCUCCAUAUAAUAAUAGAAAGUAGUAAUCAUUAAAAAUUUUGUCUCAAAUCGAUUUAAAUGAUAUAAAUGAUUUAGAGGAGAGAUUCACAUUUGUAUUAAAGUAUUUAUUAUUUCAAUUUAAGAUAUUUAAGACAAUCUAAAAUUGGUAAUUUAUACAAUGUCGCAGUUUUCACAUAUGCAUACAUAUUAGAAAAGUAGUUUUAAUAUGAUAAAGCUAUCUUAAUUUGGUAAAAAUACUUAGUAUUUUGCAAUUCAAAUCGAGUUUAUCGUUACAAAAUUAUUGCUUAUAAACAUCUAGUAGAACUUUCACUUCUGAUUCAUAACUUCAUGAAGGCUUUAAAUUAUUCUAAGAAACUCAUCAAAUAUACAUUAUUAUUUAAUGAAUCUAAUUAUGAAUUAAAUGCCUAUGAUUAAAUAGGCAAGAUAUUUUAUUACACUAAAGAGUAAUAAUUAGCUAAGGCUUUUCAUGAAAAAUUUAUGGAUGGAGAACCUAUGCCAAUUGAAAAUAAAGUUCGAUAAGCUGUUGUUAGGAUGAUUGAAUACAAAAUUCGAUAAAAAUAAUCUAGUGGUUAAAUUGAUACUGAUAGUGAAGAUGAUUUUGAAUUAGAAAAAUUAGCUGAACCUAAAAAUUUAGAAUUUCAUCCUAUUAGAUUUAAAGAUGCACUACUUAAAUACAAACACUUAUGGGGACAUGUAUAAAAAUAAAGUGAACCUUUAGGACCUUUGAAUGUAUUGACUUUUGAUAAAAGACUAUUUUAAAGAGAAUAUUUUACUUAAUUAAGUAAUAACAAUACUAUUAAAAGUUUUAUACUAAAUAGCAAUAUCUCAAUAAAAAAGAAUAAUUUGUAAAAAGUAAUUGAUAAAUUAAUAAAUGAUAUCUAAAAUUUUUGA